CAGGGUUAGGUAGCCCCAACAGAAGCUCGCCCAGCAUAAUAUGUAUGCCAAAGCAGCAGCCUUCUCGACAGCCUUUUACUGUGAACAGUAUGUCUGGAUUUGGAAUGAACAGGAAUCAGGCAUUUGGAAUUAAUAACUCCUUAUCAAGUAACAUUUUUAAUGGAACAGAUGGCAGUGAAAAUGUGACAGGAUUGGACCUUUCAGAUUUCCCAGCAUUAGCAGACGGAAAUAGAAGGGAAGGAAGUGGUAACCCCACCCCAUUAAUAAACCCCUUGGCCAGAAGAGCACCUUACGUUGGAAUGGUAACAAAACCUGCAAAUGAGCAAUCCCAGGACUUCUCAAUACACAAUGAAGACUUUCCAGCAUUACCUGGUUCCAGCUAUAAAGAUCCAACUUCAAGUAAUGACAACAGCAAAUCUAAUUUGAAUACAUUGGGGAAGACGACGUCAAGUACAGAUGGACCCAAAUUCCCUGGAGAUAAAAGUUCAACAACACAAAACAAUAAUCAGCAGAAAAAGGGGAUCCAGGUGUUACCUGAUGGUCGAGUUACUAACAUUCCUCAAGGGAUGGUGACGGACCAAUUUGGAAUGAUUGGCCUGUUAACAUUUAUCAGGGCAGCAGAGACAGACCCAGGAAUGGUACAUCUUGCUUUAGGAAGUGACUUAACAACAUUAAGCCUCAAUCUGAACUCUCCUGAAAAUCUCUACCCCAAAUUUGCAUCACCCUGGGCAUCUUUGCCUUGUCGGCCUCAGGACAUGGACUUCCAUGCAUCUGAAUAUUUAACGAACAUUCACAUUAGGGAUAAGCUGGCUGCAAUCAAGCUUAGCCGAUACGGAGAAGACCUCCUCUUCUAUCUCUAUUACAUGAAUGGAGAAGAUAUGUUACAACUCUUAGCUGCAGUAGAGCUUUUUAACCGUGAUUGGAGAUACCACAAAGAAGAACGAGUGUGGAUUACCAGAGCACCAGGCAUGGAGCCCACAAUGAAAACCAAUACAUAUGAGAGGGGAACAUAUUACUUCUUUGACUGUCUGAACUGGAGGAAAGUAGCUAAGGAGUUCCAUCUGGAAUAUGACAAAUUAGAAGAACGGCCUCACCUGCCAUCCACCUUCAACUACAACCCUGCUCGGAAAGAGAUAUCUUGA